AGCAGACCCAGAAUCUCCAGUCAGAUCGAAUCAGUACUUUGGGCCACAGCAUGACACAAGUGGAUAAAAGGGGUUUGCACUAUCAGGUACUUGGAUUGAUGGUUUUAGUCCUCUUCUCUGGACUUGGAGACACUAAGGAGAUUUCAGAUGAUGUGCUCCAAUACAACACAACACAUGGUGUAGGUAGUGAAGAAGAGCAACCACGGGUUUUGGCAGUUCAAACACACUGCAGUCCAGAACAUGAGGGAUUCUGUUUCAAUGGUGUGUGUUCCUACUCCACCGAACUGGAAACCCCCAUCUGCCGGUGCAACAACAUGUACAGUGGUGUGCGCUGUGAACAUUUACUUUUGGACAGCCACAAGUUUUCAAGUCCCGAAGAACUCAUUGGAAUUAGCUGUGGUGUAGUUUUAUUACUGGGAGCCAUCUUUGGACUUGCGUACUUCUGCAUACGGAAAAGGUGUCGAAAGUCAUCUCCACCCUACAAGAACUAUGGCUCUGAGAACUCUGUUUAAUUUAUUGGGCUAGACCGGAAGGACGAAACUCUUCAGACUGACAUAGAGGCACAGCUCCCUCUAGAGGACAGAGCGAGAACGGCUGUGAAUAAACACUGUGUGACACGUAACGUUCUCCAUGAACAGACUUAUUAAAUAUCAAUUACAGUUGGAAAAUGCAGGUUGUUCAACAAAGCAAUUUUAUAUUAAUUACAACUGUGCUACUCGAUACUUGUAAGGGUACUGUAACAUUGUUAUUUACUUUAUUUAAAAUGUUUAAAAGAAACUGCAUGUAGAACCAUCAAGAUGAAUUUGUUUAUCCAUAAGAAAAUAUCAUACGUUGCCUCAGUAAUGAAUGUACUGUGUUAGCGCACAUAGGCUAUUUAUUUCACAACCAUAAGCAGAUAGGCUACUGUUAAAGAUAAGAUGUAAACCAUAAUGUAUUUGUAUAAGAUGUUUAUUUAUUGACAGAUUUGUAUAAAAUUUACUCCCAGAAUAAAAAAAGGAAUGCAAAUGUA